AUGAAGUUCUGUACCUGUGUCUUUGCCUUGGCGUCCUGCCUAUCUACUCCAAAUGUUUUGGCUAUAGCCCAUAAUGUUCACGUGGAUGUAGCUGUUAUCGGUGGUGGCUCAUCCGGCAUACACGCAGCAAUCAAUCUCAAAGAUGCAGGCGCAACGGUUGUCGUGAUUGAGAAGAAAAGUCAGAUCGGAGGGCAUGCUGAGACAUACGUCAACCCCAAAACAAAGGUCCCUGCCAACAUUGGUGUUGUGCUUUUUGAAAAUACCAAGACUGUGCAAAAGUACUUGUCGCGUCUUGGAGUUGCUGUAGCAAAGCACAACCCUUUCAAAGCGACCCCUUCAACUCAGAUGUACGACUUUUCUUUAGGUGUUCCAGUCCCUGCCGAGAACAGAUCGGAGGCUGUUGCCACAAAGAGAGCCAUGGCUGCAGCAAUGCAGACCUACUCUCAGAAUAUCCUUAGCAAAUAUCCCUGGAUCGACCAAGGUUAUCACGUUCCCUAUCCUGUGCCCCAAGAGCUGCUGCUGCCUUUCGGGCAGUUUGCGCAGCAGAACAACUUCAGUGCCAUCCUUCCUCUCAUCAGUCAGCUUAACUGGUACCCUGGAAACAUUACAACCAUUCCUACUCUUUAUGGUAUUAAGAAGUUUGGACCGGGGCUUUUGCAGUCUGUUUCUAGCGAAUUCCUCGUUGCCGCGUCAGGGGAUACUCGAAGCAUCUACAAGGCCGCUUCUGACGUGCUUGGAAAGGAUAUCUAUAUAAAUUCGGACCUCGUCAGGGUUCGGCGACAUAAGGCAGGCGCUACUUUGACCAUUCAACAGAACCGAAAGACUUUCACCAUCAAGGCGAAGAAGCUCGUGGUUGCUGUUCCCCAAACAGUUGAGAACAUGAAGUCUUUUGAUCUCUCUGAGACGGAGCGAAAGUUGCUGUCGAAAUUUUCUGCUUUCGGCUAUGUUGCAGGCGUUGCAGAUAUCCCUGGCCUCGAUGUGAGCCUCCAAAACGUCGGUGCCAUGACUCCUGCCAAGACUCCAAUGAUACCUGGAAGCAACGGCUACAUCUCUUCUGGUUCUCCGAAUCAGUUCCUCCUCGGUGUUGCCUUCGACAACACCGAUUACACUGUUGCUGAUAGUAAAAGUCUUAUUCGUGAGGAGCUUACUGCGCUCGCACGAGCAGGUGCUGUACCCACCGACGCGGCGAAGAGAGUUACUUUCCCUUACAUCUCCAACCAUGUCCCUUACGAUCUUCAUGUAACGGGUGAUGAGAUUGCGAAAGGCUUCUAUAGUGAGCUUCUCGAGCUUGGGGGCCUCCUCAAUACUUACUGGACCGGAGCUGCCUUUGCUGGGCAUAACAGUGGUUUGAUUUGGAAGUGGAAUGACGGCACAGUUCUUCCGGCUUUGAAGAAGGACCUUGGGCUUUAA